AUGUCGGGAACUCAGACGGAGACGCUGGUCCAGCUUCCCAUCCAUGAUGAUGGCGUCGAGACCAGUGAAGCGGACGGGGAGAAGCCGAUCAAGGUCGACUUUGAUCUCCAGAUUGGCGUCGAGGAGAUCCUCGUCGACGUCGAUCCUAGUGUUUCCCUCGAGUUUCUACAGCGAGCGAAUGCCCUCGCAGGAAAACGCCCGCCUCAUGUCCCAACCAAGGAGUGGCUCGUCAACACGCACAAUGAGCACGUGCAGAAAUUCCAAGCCGCAAUGGUCGGGCAGACGAAUGUGCCGAGGAUGGUAAAGAAGGUCAUUCUGGCCCUCUCAUACGCACCAUCAACAACACCCAUCAAGGACCUCGAGACUAUGCCGCUCAAUGAGUUGCUCGUCGAGAAUCACCACGAAGAGAAGAAACUUGUCGUCAGGACAAUUACACCACCUUACCAAGGCGCUGGAGUCGUGACCAUCGUGGAGGACGAAUUUGGUAACGUUGAGAAGCUGGGAAUCUACAACCAGGGAGACUCCAGCAUACUUAAUGCUGUGCCAGAGGGUUCUGUUGUGCUUAUCAAGGAGCCAUACUAUAAAUUCAGCGGCAACCAUGAUUUCAUGAUCUGCGUCGAUCACCCCUCAGACGCUAUCCUUCUGCGCCAAGGGCCCGACGAUGAGCUGAUUCCAGAAGUCUUCCGAACUGGUGAAGAGCUCAAAGAGGCCCCUCACUACACGAGAGCCCUCGAAUUGGCCCCCGCAGACGAUGAGAAGUUCAGAUCCGACUUGUGCUUGAAGAGGGCCGGCGUGCAGCUCACACUAAAGUGUUACGACGGCGCCAUGGCCGAUGCCCUCGCCUCUCUUGGAGGUCCCACGGACUGGAAGUCCUACUUCAUCGCCGCGCGCGCAGCCUACGAACUCACAUUCUUCGACGUCAGUAAGCAGCACUUUGAGGCGUCCAUCGCAAUUAAGCCCCCCACACCUCAGAUUGAGAAGGAGUACAAGCGAUGCCUGGCGCGCGUUGAUGAGGCUGAGAACGGCAACUACGACUUUGCGACAAUCGCUCAGUCCGUAACCUCCAAAAACAUCCACCUUGACAAGGCAAGUUACAUCACGAAGACUGAGGUCCGUGAUUCACCCCACCACGGUCGCGGCCUCUUCGCUACACGCGACAUCAAAGCAGGCGAGAUUAUCUAUGCGGAAAAGUCGACAUGUGUGCCCAACGAGUUUCACCCAGAACACAACGCCGCCGCUGCCUACGCCCAGCUCGUCGAACGCUGUAACGACAACCCUUCUGUGCACGAGAAGGUGCUUGGGCUCUACGGUGGAACGUACAAGCGCAGCGGCCGCGAGAGCGAGGUCAUCGACGGCAAGCAUGUCGUCGACGUCUACCUCCUCGAGUCGAUUCGUCGCAAGAACUGCUUCAGCGGAACACACGUCUCCGCUCAGGCUGCCAACGCCAACUGGGACAUGUGGAAGCAGGGUAUGAGCCGAGGCCUCUGGGUCUACUCCGCCUACUCCAACCACUCGUGCCAGCCCAACUCGAACCGGUCCUUUGUUGGAGACAUGCUCAUCUCCAUUGCCGUUGUCGACAUUCCUGCCGACACCGAGAUCACGCAAAUCUACCUGCCUCCAAAGGCCGCCUACCUCCAGCGUCUUGAACAGUACCGUAAGAGUUGGGGCUUCAAGUGCGCGUGUGACAUGUGCGCCGGCGAAGGCAAGAGCCCUGAGGAGAUGCACGAGAAGCGUAUCGUUGCACUGCGGGAGCUGGAGGCGAAUUUGCGCAAGAAGAACAUGAGCGCUCGCCUCUAUCAGUCCGAUGCCAUGAUCCGAGAAAUCGAACGCCUUCACAAACGUCUCGAUAGCCUCUUUGAACCAGAGAUCUACGGGACACUUCCUCGCAUGAUGAUGAUUUGGCCCUCGAUGUGGUUUAUGGAGGUGUACCGCACCAGGAAGGCCUGGAAGAAGGCCAUCAAGUGGGCGUUAGAGGUGCUGCGUAACUUUGGGUUCAUCAACCCGCUGAGGAACAUGGACGGCGAGGUUGGCGGUGACGAGUCGAUGCUGUGGGUCUUCAAGUCGCAGACGGGUGUGGUGACGUUUGAGACGAUCAAGGCGUUGAAGGUGCUUGCUGAAGGGUACUGGGCGCUCGGGGAGACGGUCCUUCAGAGGCAGGCGACGGCGGCGGCCAAGAUUGCGCUCAAGUGCAUGGUGGGCUUUGUGACGGAGGAGACAUAUCGGUCUUUCAACUAA